CCUGUUAGAAAACACCCAUAUGUAUGAUAUACUUAUUUUUAUCAUGUUUUGAAAAAUGACGCUUCUUAAAAAAGAUGAUGUUUACAAACAUUUAACAGAGAAAAUAUACACUAGAUGCCAGCAAAUACAAGCGGAAAAUGAUCGAAGCAUUAUGAGAGUAAAUGAAAUAAAAAAGUUACUACGCCGCCGGGCAUACGAUGUGAUGUUAUUAAAAAGUAAACUUGACAAACAUGGUGAUAACUGGCGUGCUGUACCAAUGAUGGUGCCACAGCCAAAGGGAAAGCCCGAGCAAAAACGCCGCGGACCGAAGCCUAAAAGUAAACAGAUUGCAUCAAAUGUAACAGCUGAAGUCCAAGAUGUUGCACCUCGCAAACCUAGAAAACAGCGCGUAAAACCCCAGCCAAAUACACAUCAAAUGCAGUCACAACAUAUAUCUACAUAACUUAGAAUUGAUU